UCUCCCCCUCUUCUCUCCCCCUCUUGCGAUCCCGGGCUUAAGCUGCAGCUGCAGCAGCAGCAUCAUCAGCAGCAGCAUCCUCAGCAUCAUCUGCCGAGGAUGCGAGAGUCAUGGGCACUCGGAGCAGCCCCGCCAAGGCGUUUGACUACCUGCUCAAGGUGUUGCUGGUCGGCGACAGCGAUGUUGGCAAGGGCGAGAUCCUGGCAAGCUUGGCCGGCCCCGAGGAGCAGGCGGGGGAGCAAAAGGGGGCAGCACCCAGGCAGCAGCAUAGCCGCACCCCCCGGCAGCUGCUACAGCAGCAGCAUCAGCAACAGCAGCAACAGCAUCAGCAACAGCAGCAACAACAGCAGCAGCAGCCGCCAGAACACGGGCCAGACUACAGCAGUGGCGUGGGAGUGGAUUGCAAAACGACGACCAUUCUUCUCGACGGGCGUCGCGUCAAGCUGCAGCUUUGGGACACAUCGGGACAGGGCAGGUUCUGCACGAUAUUCCGAUCCUAUUCCAGGGGAGCACAGGGUAUUCUGCUCGUGUACGACAUAACGAGCCGCUGGUCCUUCGACGGAAUUGACCGGUGGAUCAAGGAGAUCGAGGAGCACGCGCCGGGCGUGCCCAAGGUGCUGGUGGGCAACCGGCUGCACCUGGCGUUCAAGCGGCAGGUGACGGCGGAGCAGGCGCAGGCGUACGCCGAGCGGAACGGCAUGGCGUUCUUCGAGGUCAGCCCCCUGUGCAACUUCAACGUGACCGAGUCGCUCACGGAGCUGUCGCGGGUGGUGCUCAUGCGACACGGCAUGGACCGCCUCUUCUGGCCCAACAGCGUGCUGAGUUUGCAGGACUUGUGUUGCCGCGCCAUCGUCUCCUGCACGCCCAUCCACCUGGUGGACAAGCUGCCCAUCCCCGUGACGCUUAGGAGCAGCCUCAAGUCGUUCUCCAAGGCCAACGGCAUGAACGCGGUCAUCAUGCACGGACGCUCGUACGCCGCCACGACCACGCUAAGGAGGGCGGGCGCCGGCAAGCCCACCAAGCCCACUGCCAGCCCGCCCACACACAGCUGUACCCGCAACAAUUGCAAGAUCUCUUAAGCCAUUUGCCGCCCCCUCCACCUCCAACGCCCACCUCCCGUGUUGUCAUUCGUUUUAGCAGAACGUUACACUUACACGUAAUUAUACUGGGGCUCUUCGAUUCCUUGGGAUAGAUCCGGAUCGUUGAAAAAGCCUCACCCCCCCCCCCCCCACCACCCCCCUCCAUGUGAACGGGAGGUGAUUGUGCAGGCCUUAGUGAUGCCACCGGCAUCAUCGGCCUGCCUUCCAAGUAAUCGACCGCAAUAUAAUUAGUCGAUGUUAAGUUUUAGCUGAUUAAUCGACCAUUUGUUCCAGCCUUAUAAAGGUACUGAAGGAUGAGAAUUUGAACUCUCAAGCAAAUCUUCAGAAUUUUUUUUUACGUUUUGAGAUAUAAACGCGAUGCCUUUCAGUGGUCUUGUAUCAGAGCAAUUUAAAAUGCCGCAUGCCGCUCUGGUACAGGGGGCGUUCUGGCCUGCUGCGUUGCUGGGCAUUCACCCAUUUUCUACCCUGCAUGUUACUCCCAUGUGGUUGUUAUCAUAAAAUUUUCAUAGAAUAUAUAUGCAGCAUAGACGACUUGUAACCCUUCACACCAGGAUACCUGGCCAGCCUCUUGCAAUAGCUCAGCUACUUGCUAAAAAUAACACCUCCGCAACUUUUAUAAGUUAUAUAUAUAAAAAAAAUUUGCAUGGCCAUGUUCUUCGAUCAACGUUCACUGCAAUGCCGACGUGAACUACAAUCAUGCAUUUUCUGAUACUUUUUAAACACCAUAUUAUGAAAGUCACGCUGCCGGCGAUUAGAUGCCCACAAACGGUUAACACUAUACCAUGAGUCAGCUGUAGUCAUUUUUAAGAUUCUCAGAUUUCAAACAUUUUGAUUUCACGUUGCUACUUAACGAAAAGCCAUAUAUAAUAGAGUACAGUGAGGGAAAAAAGUAUUUGAUCCCCUGCUGAUUUUGUACUUUUGCCCACUGACAAAGAAAUGAUCAGUCUAUAAUUUUAAUGGUAGGUUUAUUUGAACAGUGAAAGACAGAAUAACAA